AGAAGUGCGGUGGUCUGGCAAUGGCGCUGUUGGCGGAGGGUUGUCGCAGUCAUCUGGUUCCUGCCUUCCAGCCAGUCGAAAUCAGUGCCACACCAGGAUUUACUUCUUCGUAUGGGGGAGUCCUUACGCAUAGAAAUACCGGAUGAUGACCAAUGUCCGGUGUCAAACUUCAUUGUACGCACAAAGAAAAUUGGCGAAGUGUUCGAGUAUAGCAAGAAGCUGUCCGAGUUGAAUGUGGAUCCACGUUAUCAGGACAGGAUCCAGUUGAAGAAUGACGCCAACGGCCGUGCUGUUGUAAUUUGGAAUGUAUCCAAAGAAGAUGAAAAUCCACGCUAUUAUGAGUACUGUGGUUUGCCUACCAUUCUAAAGACAUUUAAGAUUACAAGGAGUACUGAGAGUUCAAUCACCACUGCAGCCCCCGAACCAUCUACAACCACACCAGGAGGUAGCACUGAGACUUCAACCAUCACAGCAGCCCCCCAACCAUCUUCAACCAAACCAGGUCUAUCUGUUGAACAUCUUGCUUGGCUGGUACCAGUAUGUCUAGGUGUAGUAGCAGUAGUAGUAGUAGUAGUAGCAGUAGUAUGGGUCAGGAAUCGUAAAAGCAAAAAGUUGAACGAAGAACCUCCCUCGGCCGAGCUCCAAGUUCUAAAUCAAAAUGCAUCAAUGGACAAAGCAAAACAGCAGAAUGAUGAAAAUGAUGUCUUUGUUACUGAGGCUGGCUAGACUAUGAUUUUGCCCUGUCUGCAGGCUUGCGAUGAGCAUUUCUAAUCAAUCAGAGUAAACUUGGGGGCAUGUUUUUUGUUGGUCUGCUCCGGUGGAAUAUUUUUGAAAGUGGAUUUUAAUUGCAAUGCCCCAUUCACUUCCAUUGAGUGUUAGAUAGUGGUGACUUAAGUUAUUUGAAGUUUGUAGUGGCUGUUUAAAGAACUGAACCAUGGAUUACUGUUUCUCCUGGCCCAAAGACUACUGGCAGAGUGAGGAACCUGACAAUAAGUUGUGUAAAAUCCUAAACUAUCCCUUUAAACCCUCAGCAUUACUGUACAACUACUGUACUUCUGAUUUUCUUCAACCUUUAUAACUGUUGGUCAUUGUCAGCAUUACAUUCUAUGUUCCCUGUUCAGGGAGACGUUUAUACUGAUGUGCACAAUUUACUGUACUGUUAUUAUACUGUAUCACGCCUGAUACGAAAACCAUGUAUUUAUAUUGUACGGUUACACCACUUAUGAUAAUGGUAUUGGCAAGACUAGUUAAUAUGUAUUUAUGAUCAAAGAUUUUAUUUAAUGUCAAUAUAUAUAUUUUAUACUGAAGGUCAUUUGAAAGUAUCAAAUUGCACACAUACUGCCUUUUUACGUGCACUUUUGUGACAGAACCUUACGUACGUACUGUUAUCUAAUUAAUAUUUUUGCUAAAUGUAGAUGUGAAGUGGCCCCUCUCGCUAUUGAGGCUGGUCGACACAAACAUUCCCUUCAGAUAAACGUGACUGUUCUUUUUGUAAUGAUGGUUCCAUUGAAGAAUUAGGGAUAUUUUUUGCCAACUUUCCAGCCAUAAUGAAAUGCUACAUUUGAUCAGGUGACAAGGAUAUAAAUGCCUUUUCAAAGCAUGCUGUCUCAUCCUCCAUCAGACCUUUAGAGGUUCCUGAAUGUCCUCUUAACCACUGUACAUGUGUAUAUAUGUUAUUUAUGAUAACAUGUAUUAUAGAGGACUCCAAAGGACAUACUGUGCAAUGUUUGACUGACUGCUUUUAGUGUCUCAACAGUGAGUGGUCCACAAUGUGUUUAAAAAACAAAUCUAUGUUGUAUUAUCAACCAGUUGUGGAGUGACACUUUAAUAAAUGUUUAAUAAACUAACCUUUUGAAUAAUGUCUUAUCUGA